CUCAUCACAGAAGAACAGACUCCACUUGGACCAGUCAGUCUGGAUCCUCGGCAGUCCUGUCGCCAGAUACUUCACCAAGGAGCCUCCGGAAAGGCCAACGCUGAAGGAGGAUUUAGUGGAAAUGGCCUUAUUGGCGUGCUCCUCCACCAAAGCUGCCAAUUUCUGGAUCACUUCCGCCUCUGACGACUGUCUGGCUACAGCAGGAGUCCCUUUUCCAGGCAUCACCGGCAAUUUAUCACCAAAAUCAACAAGUAAUUGUUUACUAACAUGCCACUUCUCAGUUUGGGUUCCCAGUCACGUGGAAUGCCUUGGCGCUGUUAGCAGUCCACAUGGAAAGUCUCUUUGUUUACAAAUUUCUCUGCUCAGUUUUCUGAUUGAUUUCCCACAAAAUUCUCUUCAAAUCGUGAAUUAUCUGUGCAAAAUGGAAGUGAACAAGGAGAGUGAUACCUCAACAAGUGAAUCUGUAACGGAGAAAGCUGAGGAAAUCUCUGAAAGUUUGGCGGAGAAGCAGGCGAAAGAAAUCCAUGCUGUGAACGCUCUGGCACUCCUGGCCACUUAUCUCAGCUCCUCAGAUUCCGAGAGUGACUCGGAGACCUCCUCCUCAUCCUCCUCAAGUUCCAGCAGCGAAUCGGGCCCCGAAGAAGUCGUGAUAACCAACACGACGACCUACAGAGAAGCUCCUCAAGUCAUUGAGGACUCUAGCAAUGAUGAGGCUUCAGACAAUCCCUCUGACGAGGAAUCUGAGGGCAAGCCAAAGGCACCAAAUCAACCAUCACGCCAUCGAACGGGAAUCAAGGCCAAAGGAGAGUUGGAUCUUGUGGAUUUGCCGCCAAUUGAGGAGCUGAACAUCAAUGUCCGGGAAGAGGAGUGUCUUCUGUUGGGGCGCAUCCUCUCGAUUGUGGAGCAAAUGGUGCUGGUCGAGGCCACAAGAGGUGGUGCAGUGCUGGAUCUGGACACAGUGCUGUUUGUAGAGCGCGGCCACAGAGUCCUGGGCAGGAUCUUCGACGUCCUGGGCCCCAUCGAUCAGCCAAUCUACUGCAUUCGCUUUAACUCUCCCGCCGAAAUCAAGAGCAAGGCAUUCACCACGGGAAUGGAGGUGUUCUGGGUGGCGAAGCCCGAGCACUCCUCCAUCGUCGUUGUGCCCAAUCUGAUGCAGCAGAAGGGAUCGGACGCGAGCUGGGAACAUGACAUCGAACCGCCGGAAGGUUGUCUGGACUAUUCGGAUGAUGAACAGGAGAAGGCCAGUCGUCGGUCGCGCAAACAGCACAAGGAGCCAACACAGAGGCAGGUCUUGAGGGGCCAGAGACGGUGGGCGCAGCAGCCGAGAGCGCCUCCGCCGAAUCUCAACUGGUAUCAAUAUCCGCCGCCGACGAUGCCCACUUGGGGCCCCGUGUUUGUCAACCCCUUCGCCUACCAGGCCAACGUUCCCUUCAUGCAGCCCCCACCACCGCCUCCCCCGCCGCAGAGCGCGCCCCCCGUCAAAGUGGAGCCCGAGCAACCGCCGCCACCCGGAUGCAAUUAAUUUCUGGAGUCAGGAAUUAUCUAAAUAAAGCUUAUUCUUUCCCUAAA